AUGUUCGAUCCACUGCUCGGCAGAUACCGGGACAACAGCACGGAGGCAAGCCAGCGGCAUAUGGAAGAGCGUGAGCGGGUGGCGCACCUGAAUCGCGCAAAGGACAUCCAGAUCUUGCGAGAGCAGCCUUUUGACAUCCUCAACCAGGAGUCAAAGUUAGAAAAGCUGGCUCCAGGCAAAGACCCAGCGAGGCUUGGUGGCCACGGCACGAUAGGCACCAAGGAGCGCACGAAGGACGGCAGGGGUCACUUCCCUCAGACCGCCGUGGACUACAACAUCCUCUCCAACAUGCCCUUUCAAGAGCACCACUGGGCCAAGCACGAUGAGCGGCCUCGGUUGAAGGAGAAGUCCCCAAGGGUGCGGAAGGUGCCGGCAUUUCUUUGCAAGGCCGGCUGA